GUUCCAAGUGCAUCCGCACAGUCGCUGUAAUGACAUUAAGGUUGGUGUUAUUUAUGCAUUAAGCACGUGUUGAAGAUUGCAAUCUGCCCUGCUGAUGCCUGUCAGCGCAGGUUUCUUCCCUUCUUUCCUCCUUUCAGUCGCGCUGCACAACCUCUGCUUAUGCACCGCUGUCGUCGUUAGCCGAGUAUUGAGCUACCAGCUGACCUACUUUCUGCGCUCUCUCCCAGCCGCCCGGUCCUGUUUACAAGCCACAGCCAAGCCGAGGAUGAGGAGUACUGUACCUGGGAAAACCGACGGAUAAAUCCAGCUGCUAGCUCGGAAAACACUAAAAAAGAGGGGUAAAGUUAAAAUAAGCCGAGAGUUUUUUUCUUUCUUUCUUUUUUUUGGAUAAGUGUGACAACAACGCAGGAAGGGACGCCGGUGCUUAAUAACGACGCGUUAAUAACUUGUUAUGCAAUUGAAGGCUUUCGGUGAAUGAGCCGCUGCUAGUUGAGCUCGGCUGCUAUGUUGUAGUUUAAAGAACAAAAAUGACGACGCCGGUUAAAGUGAAGAGAAGCUCUUUAUUUCUACCGGACACUCUUUCUUCAGGAUUCUGUAUUCCUUCAGGGGAAUCAAGAAGGUUUUGGGCAAGUGGUUUUUUCCAAUAGAGCGUUCCAACAAGGUCAGGACAAAUGGGACUUCCAAGACUUCAGAAAGGGCCUGGUUGGCAGAGGGAGUGAGUAUGGACAACCUUUCAGACUUCGGCGGCCCGUGUCCGUCCACGCUUAGGGAAUGGGAUACCAACAGCUGUGUGGAGGACUUAAUGGAUGAAGAUGAGAAGGACAGGGCAAAAAGAGCAUCUCGCAACAAAUCUGAAAAGAAAAGAAGAGACCAGUUCAAUGUGCUCAUCAAGGAGCUGUGCACCAUGCUCCAAGGUCAAGGCCAUCCGCGCAAGAUGGACAAAUCCACCAUAUUGCAGAGGACGAUAGACUUUUUACAGAAACAGAAAGACAUCACUGCGCAGAAUGAGAUUUGUGACGUGAAGCAGGACUGGAAGCCCUCAUUCCUCAGCAAUGAAGAGUUCACUCAGCUCAUGUUGGAGGCCCUGGAUGGCUUCCUUGUUGCAUUAACGACAGAUGGCAACAUCAUAUACGUGUCUGACAGUGUGUCGUCACUUAUUGGCCAUUUACCGUCAGAUAUGGUGGACCAAAAUAUCUUGAAUUUCCUCCCGGAGCGCGAACACGGCGAGGUGUAUAAGCUGCUAUCAUCCCACAUGCUGAUGACUGACCCCGUUGCUGCUGAUUUCCUUGACAGUGAGACACAUAUUGAAUUUUGCUGUCAUCUAGCCAGGGGUAACAUGGACCCCAAGGAGCCUCCUGUGUAUGAAUAUGUCAAGUUUGUUGGAGAUUUUAAGUUUCAUAACCAUGUGCCUACAUCUUCUUGUAACGGGCAUGAACUGACGUUACCGAGGAGUCUGCAGUCGUCACUGGAGGAGCAGGUCUGCCUCAUAGCAACUGUACGAUUAGUCACUCCACAGUUUCUGAAGGAUUUGUGUAACGUGGACGAUCCUUGCGAUGAAUUCACGUCCAGGCACAGCCUUGAAUGGAAGUUCCUGUUUUUAGAUCACAGAGCAUCACCAAUCAUAGGCUACUUACCAUUUGAGGUUCUUGGGACUUCGGGGUAUGAUUACUACCAUGUGGAUGACUUGGAGCUCAUAGCCCAGUGUCACAAGCAAUUAAUGCAGUUUGGAAAGGGUAAAUCCUGCUAUUAUCGCUUCCUGACCAAGGGACAGCAGUGGAUUUGGCUGCAGACUCAUUACUACAUUACUUACCACCAGUGGAACUCCAAACCCGAGUUCAUUGUCUGCACUCACACUGUUGUCAGUUACUCGGAAGUGCGAGCUGAACGGAGGAGAGCUUUCGGUCUGGAGGAGCUUUCACCACCUGAGAUAGCGCCAUCCUCUGUGAAGGCUCAGGAGUUGUACUUGGACAUCUGCUCCACCCUGGACGCGACGAGGGACAGAAACAGCGGCGCACGUUCGGUGUCCUCCCACAGCUCUCGGAAAUCCUCCCACACCGCCCUGUCGGACUCUUUGUCAAACUCCUACACAGAGGCCUGCACACCAUCAUGGCCGUCAGCCUCCGUUGGACCAGAGAAGACACCUGCCAGACUCCAGCCCAGUGGGUCAAAGAAUUUGGCUCAAAGACAAAAUUCCUUUGACCUUGUUCCCCAAAUGAGCCUCUCCCUUUCUCCAACCUGCAGCAAGCACUCCACCAUGCAGCAGCAAUCGCAGCAGCAGCAGCAGUCCUCUGUUUAUCAGCUGCAGCAGCCUCAGCUCGGCGUAAUGAACCAGCUGAAGGAACAACUGGAGGAGAGGACGCGCAUUUUGCAGGCCGACAUCAAGACGCAGCAGCAGGAGCUGCACGACAUUAAGGAGAAGCUCCAUCUUGCUAAUCUACAGAUGUUGUUACAGCAGCCUAUCCACAAUGACUUCAAUCAGGUCCAACAGCAGCAGCAGCAGCAGGGCCCAGGAAGGCCAGCACAACAGAACCAGAACCAGAACCAGUCCAGUGUCAUCAGGCAACUCUCCGGUCAACCGAAACCAGCAGCCUGUGGGGCUCACAGUUCAUCUCCACUCUCUUUGAGAGAAAACACUUCACCGUCUGCACAGGUUCAGCAGCGGGCUCCUCGGAGCAGACAGAGCCAGUCGGUGAGUUUGCCGAUGCAGACAAACACGAGCCUGACGACGCCCUUCUACAGCAACCCCAUGAUGUUCUCCCAGACCAACACGAGGCCUCAGCAGGACACAAACCAAAGACAGACGGACAACCAGUUCAGCCACGAUGGACAAUUACGAAUGCUUCUCAACCAGCCGAUGCAGACCACGGUUCCGACUAGCAGCGUCACUUCCCAGCCCUCUCAGUGCAACAUGGGCAUCUCCCAAACUCUAUACAGCUUGGAGCAGCCGAUCACCUCUUUCACCAUGCAACAGGUCAACUGCAACGCCGUGCUCGUGCCCUCCCCCGUUUUCACCUCCCCCAUAAUGAUCCCACAUAACACCUUCAUCACGCAUCAGGCCCAGUCAGCCUACCACAGCCAGCCUCAGGCCUCGCACCACUCCGUGCAGCUCCAGCAGCCCCAGCAGUUCUUUCAGAUGACCCAAGGACUUGUACAUGGUGGAUCUGCUCCAGCUUUUCUACACACCACUAACGUCCCACAGCAAAGCACCAUGGGAUACAUUCAGCAGCAGCAGCAGCAGCCACAAACGCAGCAACUGCCACUUGCACAGCAGCAGCAGCAGCAGCAACCACAGCAGCAGCAAAGGCAGUACCAACAUUCCCAAAACCAGCAAGGCAGUGUUUCAGACUUCAGGAACAUGCUAACGCGGUAGCACCGAGGACUUCAUCUGAACGCUGAGGAUCUGCCUCUCUGACGCUGCCCUGCAGCUGGCAGCACGCCGUCGAGCCUCCUAAUUCACGGGGGCUGGGAGGGAUCCGGCCUGCACGUCGUCAUAGUGACACCACAAGUAGAGGCUGCGCUGACCCGACGGCGCCCGCCGGAUCCGAGGACAAUCUUGAGGCCGCGUCGCGACGGCUGGAACGAGUGGAUCAUCAAAGAUGUUUGAAGAAAAAAAACAAACAAAAAAAAAAAACUAUUUUAGACCGACAAGUGGAGGUUUUCUUCUAGCAAAGUUCUCAUAUAAGUGUUUGCACUUUGGUACCCCUAUCUCCCCGGAAGUAGAAUAUUUAUUUAUUUUUUACCUAAGAUCAAACGUUCUGCUCUGUUCCUGAUCUCCGGCUCAGCUCCCCUCCUGUGGCAUGACGCUAAGCUACUUGUGACACUUUAUUUCCAGUGAAAAUGGAGAGUCUGAGGUGAGUCCUGUUGUCCCCUCCGACCCUUUGAACCACGAUUUAGGCAUGUGGAGUCAUUACAGCAGAACUUUACACGACAAAACAACAAGUGCGACGACCACUUUAUCAAAAGGCAGGUGUGACGCAACACACACACUACAGCUGGAAGCUGGAGGUCUAUCUAGAUUUUUAAAGCCUCAAUCCGGGACUGAAGGAGCGAGGGGUGCCGCAGCCGUCGCACCGCAGAUCCCUGCAAACUGAAGCGGUCGCCGCGCAGCACCGGGUGUCGGCGAGCUGGGAGGCGGGGAGGACGAAUUGUGCCUUCAAACGUGAUAACGUUCAUGUUGUGGUUCGAUUGGUUGCGUCUGAUUAUGGCUUUAAAAAUCCAGCUCAGGUCCAUUUGGAAUAUAAAAGGUAUAUUUUCAUAAGAGCAUAAUUUGUUAUUAAAACAUAAGACAUCCAGAUUUUCUAAUUAAUAGAUUACCUAUAUAUAAAUAUAUAUAUAUGUAGUAAUUUUUGUGACCUUUAUGUUUGCAGUAAGUCCUUACUUUCUGAGCAGUGUCCAUUUCAAAAAGAGUCCUUUUUGAAAUCAUUACACAACACAAACUACCUAUUGGAAAUACAAGCUGGUCUUAUUCACAGAUGUUCUGACAGAAAUCGCUCCGAUAUGCUCAGAGGUACAUGUCUGAUCUUGUGCUCGCCCCAUUUCAGAAAAGCCUCGUGCACACAAGAAAAGCAUAAAUUCAUGUUCCCAGCGGUCCAAUCAGCUGCUUUACGAAUGGAAACUUGCACACCGCCCCGGUAAAGAUGCGUAAAAAGCCUUCAAAUAACUAACACAGUAACUUCAAAUAGUAACACAGCAUUAAGAAAACCCCGCCUUUAAUUUGAUUCAUGUUGGAAAAGAAAGGUACAAAAAAUAUGAUAAGCUCUGCAACAAACAGUGGCAUCUUGAGAUCACCAAGUCUCCAUGGCAACCUUUAGAUGCCAUGUAAAAGUUGCCACACAAACCCCUACACGUGUGGAGUUUGCAAAAAGCUGCUGGGACUUAAACUGAAGCAGAUGUCGUUUGGGUCAGAUCCGACUACUCUUUAAACUUUGGUCAUCCAUGGACAACUUCUCAUUUUAGCUGGUCUUGGUUAGCCACUUUAACUUCAACUACCUUUCAACCACAUCUAGACAUCUGAAGAGUAUUUAUACAGACAGUUUUUAUUUAACUUUUCCCCUUUUCAUCCACCAUAACCACUUGGGUUAGGCAUAAAACAAGAGACAUAGAUUGGAGAAAGAGUUUUGCCCACUGUUUAGUAUAUAGGAGGAUCAGUGAUGCUGUGGGCCCGCCCUUGUUGGGAAUCUGGGUAGCCUAGCCUGCAUGGCAUUUUGAGUCCUUUGCGAUAUCAGGACAUGUGAUGUAAAAAUAAAAGAGUGUUGAUUCUGGUGUUGAUUUAGCAAACUGAACAAAUGUUUUUUCUAAGUGUUUAGUGCGAGGUGAUGCUUCUGCAGCAUAAGACGAAUUUAUUUGGGGGCUUUUUACACAUCUUACAACAGGGGUGCGAGUCCAACCGUCAACCUGUUCUGUGACGGCUUGUUUGACUAUUUCAGAAGGCUACAAAUUUCCAACCAGGUGAGCGGAGUUUCAGAUUGUUGCCUGCGACGGCUUCAUUCACACUAAAAAAAACACCUCUGUUUAUUUUACCAUUCUACAUUGAGAACUUAUAGAGCUACUUCCCUCUGAAAGACACUACUUUACGUUAGCGUGGUGAAAGAGCACGUUUCGGAUUCUGUGGAGCUACUUAUCGGCUGUUGCAGCUGCUCCCCUUUGUCUCAAUCAGCUUGGAACAGACGAGCGUGUGCAGGAGCCAUUGUUUUGAUUGUCUCUUGUUUUGUGGAUAAUACAGAGACGACGGUUAACAGAAAGAGGAUUGGAGUGUGUUGCUGCAGUCUGUCCAGGAACGGGGGAAAAAAAGAAAACCCAUUAAAACAUCACAAUUACAUCACCGUACAAAGACAAUCAGCAGAAUAUACUGUAUUUAAACUGCCUGUACCACAGUGUGACUUCACAAUUUAGAAAAAGAUUUAAAUCCUAUAACGUACUCCCCUCGCCCCCCCACCUCUCUUCUGGACUUUAAUUGCACAUGUUGUUGCUACACUUUAUAGAAAGCAGCACAGGGGGAGCGCAGAGAGAGGAGGAGGGGAGGUGUUUGGUGAUGAAUAUGAAAGCGGCUCCGUCCAGCGCCGGAGCCGCCCACGUUGCACGACAAAACGUAGCGAACUCAGCAUGUACGUUCAGUGCCGUUUUUACACUUUUUUACGUGCAAUGUCGAUUUAAAAAAAAAAAAAACAAAAGAGAGAAAAAGAAUGUUAAUUUAUACUGUUGGAAAUGUUUCCAAACAGAUGUACAUAGAGGUGUAUAAUAAGCAGUUGUUGCCAUGUAAUUUAUAUGGAAGUAUUUUUUUAAACGGAAAUGUCCUAACAUUCCUUUAGCAGUAUUUUUUAUUUUUUAAAAGUUUGAAGCGCGUCCUCUGAAGAGAAGGAUUACACAGGACUUUUAUCUGCAUGGGAAUGCGGUGCGCUGGGCCGGAGGCUCCCAAAGAGACUGAACUGAAGGGUCUGAUAGUCACCUUGAGGAAGAGACUAAACAAAAAGAAAAUAAAUCUGAAUUUUUACUAUUGCAGCUAAUUCACCUAACAAUUAAAGGUACGAAAAGAAAAAAAAAAAAGUGCAAUUGUGUAAACAUCAUGAAGUUCGGUUGUUGUUUUUCUGGCAGAAGCCGUUUCGUUCAGCUCCGAUCCGACGUGUGUCUGCUCAUAAAGGUCCAGUUUUACGGGUGCCAUAGAUGUCUGUGUUUCUGUUUUCGUGAAAAUGUCACGUCAUACAGGUGCGUGACAUUGAUAUCAUUAAAAAAUGAUUUUUUCCAUUUCAGUGACCUAAUUCAAAAAGCUGCAUAGUCAUUGCUCAAAUAACACAUUUCAGGCACUUAUUUCUGGUAAUUGUAAAGAUUUGGGGUUAAAGUCAAUUGAAAACCAAAAAUUGAUUUAUCAGAAAAAUAGAUUUUCUUGCACAGAAAUGCUCUGCUGAUUUGCCAGAUGUCCAGCAGCUUGUCCCUGACAUGUGAGCCACUAAAAGUCAUCGUUGAAGAGGGACAUAUAGAGAUAUUAAGAAAAAGUUCAGUGGAAGGAAAAAAAAAAACGUUAUUAUUGGUCCUAUGUAAUACUGCAAUCGUCUCAGAAGGCGAAUUUUGUGUUUUUUAUUAGCCAACAAGCCAAAAUAACAAAAAUUGCAGAAAUAAUUUCUUGAAAUUAUUUCAAACAUGUAAAUGAGUUUAACUUUCUAAAUUUAAUAACUGAAUAAAUACCUUUUUUUUUCAAAGUAACUAAUAAUUUUAACAUGCACCUGUAAAUCUGUGACGAAGUAAAAGGACGAUCUUGCAGAAUAUCAGCCUUUCUGGCAGGAAACUGGUUGUUUUUCAUUCAAACACAUCAUUCAGAGAGUAGACAAAGCACCCCUUAUCAUUUUGUUUGCCUUGCUGUGUUGGAUCAAAAGCAAGUCUGUUUCGUCAUCCAGAGCCAGAAUCACUCGGUUUCGGAUGCGAGUUAAUCUGUUGAGCUUGAUGAAGGGUGUAAAUAAUCUGGUCGAUCCGUUUUCGUAGUUGAGUCGCUCUCCGUGACGACGAUUGCCGCACCUCUUCUUUUCUUUUUUUUCCCUUUGGCUUCCCUUCAUUACGUUUUGACUGGUGUUCAUCACAGGGAUUUCUUUUUUAAAUGUACGUCAGUUUGAUCACAUUUAACUUGUACUUUUUUCUUCUUUUUCCUGAUUUGUAUCAUAUUGACUGUCGCUUCAGAUGUGAGCGUGGGCAGUCGGAUCCGAUUCUCUCUGUGUAAGAGUUGCCAGGACAUGAACAAAAAACCCUGGCGUCUAGUCAAUUCUGCAGUUUCAGUGCAGAAACAAAUAUAUUAUAUAUAUAUAUAUAUUGUAUUAUAAAAUGUGGAAAAAAAAACUUUAGGCUACAUAGUUGUUUAUUUUAUAUGUCACAUAGAUUACAUAUAUGUAUGUUAUGAUUUUAAAAUUAAAGUAAUUUUAUAACAGA